UUUCAAAAGUGACAAACCGAAGCAUUACCGAUUAUUCCGCUGAGAAAAUAUAAUUAAUCUUAGGAGUAAAUAUCCUCGAAGGACUUAUUCAAGUUAUACAUGCUUAUCCAUCGAGAAUGGUGCAAUUUUUUCGAGUGCAUUGUUACUUCCCCGGCAAAAUGUAAUUUCCAAUCGAGUGAGCAACGUCAAUCAGUGCUUACAAAGCUCACUGACUUUUCGGGGCCUGAAAAAUUCGGAAAAUUUGACAGCAGCUCGGUGGUAAGGUGAAUUUAGCAAUCAUGCCAAGAAUAUUUCGCAGUUUCUUGUCCGAUCGCUAUAAUGGCAAGCAGGAACGAUUCUACGACCGAUAUGAAGGUUUUUGUCAAGUUAUUCCCAACUUGCCACCUAUGCCCAGACCAAAAAUCAACCACCACAGCAGGUUAUGCACUAAAUCGGAGCCCAAAACCAACGUAAAGUUCACCUAUUGUUUUGGCCAAAGUGAACCGAGCAGCGAUUGGCGACAGGGCGACAAUAUACCCAUUAUGGUCCGGAGGGAAAUGGAGGAGCGACUGGGCAUCCAACUGAUGAGUGUUCUACCAAUCGCGGACAGCUCUCUGCUCAGUCAUACCAUCUGGGAGCUGAAAAUGGCAGGCGAAAGUUUUGAUUCGAUACCGAAAACCAGAAACGGCAUCAAGGUUGGCAUCAUUACGGUCUCGGCUAAGUCCAAGCUAAAUCGCACGAAACUCAAGCGGAAAGGAAAAAUUUUGGAUAAUGAGACAGUGUCACCAAACACUAUGGAACUCCCGCCAAUCCAGCAAAGAAAACUGCUGGAAAAGAGGCGUUUAAAGCGGGUGGACGGGCAGUUCGAGUGCAGUGAUUGCGACAAGAAGUUCGAUCAUUCCUGGAUGCUGACGGCCCACAUAAGGACGCACACUGGUGAAAAGCCGUUUGUGUGUCCUGAUGGGAGUUGCCGCAAAGCCUUUUCGGAUCGGUCCAAUCUGCGCUCCCAUCAGCGCACCAUGGGCCACCACGAGUGGCAGCAUCAAUGUGGACAGUGUGGCAAGUACUUCAACCAGUUUUCCUAUUUAAACCGACACUCGUUGGACGCUUGUCGCAAGUAUCUGAUGUCCGUGAUGCACAAGAGGUUCUAG